CCCAUUAUCAAAAUUAAAAUAAUAAAAUUCCCAUAACCAAAAUUCUCUCUCUUUUCUCCAUUCUCUCUCUCCAUCUCUCUAUAUAUGUUUAUAUGUAAAGAAAAGCCCAAACUUCUCACAAAUAAAUCAAAAGCUGCCAUUUUCUUCCAAACCAAACAGAAAAAGAAAAAAGAAAAAAGAAAAAAGAAGAAAAGGCUGAGAAAUUAUGAAGCUUGUUUGGUCACCGGAUAGAGCUUCCAAGGCAUAUAUCGACACAGUUAAAUCAUGCGAAAUUUACGGCGAAUUCGGCGUCGCGGAGCUUCUCUCCGCCAUGGCCGCCGGCUGGAACGCCAAACUCAUCGUCGAGACUUGGUCUGACGGAGGUCCGGUAGCUACAAGCGUCGGUCUCGCCAUCGCCGCUGGACACACCGGCGGACGCCAUCUCUGCAUCGUAGCCGACGAACGGUCAAGAUCGAAGUACGUGGAGGCGAUGCGGAAGGCUGGAGUCUUAUCGCCGCCGGAAGUUGUGAUCGGAGACGCUGAGGCGGUGGCGGCGGAGGCGGAGGGGUUGGAUUUUCUGGUGGCGGAUUUUAGGGGGAAAGAUUUUGAUAGGGUUUUGAGAGUUGCGAAGGCGAGCGAGAGGGGGGCAGUUUUGGUAUGUAAAAAUGCAUGGGAACGAAACGUUUUGGGGUUUAGAUGGCAAGGUGUGCUUCGUAGGGGGACACGUGUCGUGAAGUCCAUUUUCUUGCCGGUGGGCCGGGGAUUGGAAAUUGCUCAUAUUGGCAGCGCCGGUGGAAGUUCGAACUCGGCGGCGAUUGGUAGCCGUUGGAUCAAACGUGUCGAUUUACGGUCAGGAGAAGAACACGUGUUUCGUGAAUGAGAUCAAGGAAGCGUGGUGGAGUGGAGGGAGAUUUUUCUUUUUUCUUUUUUUUUUUCCUAAUUUCUUUUUGUUUCUUUUAUUAAAUAAAGAUUAAAGAAUGUAGAUGAAUGUAAAUUACAUGUA